CGCAGCGACGCGGGUUCAACUCGGGUACGCCUCCGAAACAGGAAGGAGACAAAAAUAAAAAAUAAAACGCCGCCGAGUUCUUCUCCGGCGACGGCGGCGGCGGCAAAACCCUAGGGUUGGGAGCCCCUGCGUGAUCCCAGCGUACGCCGAUCCCCCGCCACCGCCGUCUUCUGCGCCGCGCUCCCCCCCGCGCCUCGCGGCGGGCAGAGAUGCGGAAGGCGAUGGGGAGCGUGGACGAUCUGAUCGAGGAGGCCAAGGUGCGCACCGUGGCCUGGGCUCUCGGCAUCUUCGCCAUCUCCUACUUCCUCACACAUACAAGUAAAUCAAUGUGGACAAAUGUCCCCAUGUCGAUUCUUAUACUUGCAUUUCUCCGUUACGUCUCCUUCAAAGUGGAGUUCCGUUGGAGAAGUCAGCCUGUAUCUAAGCAGACAUAUUUGUCUCAAGCGUCAAAACGGCAGUUGUCUGCUAACGAUCAUCGGAUUUCAACUGUGCCACCAGUUUCAAGAUGGAGAAGGAAAGUUGAUUCGCCUGCUGUUGAGGCUGCUUUUGAAAGUUUCAUUGAUAAUGUUCUCCGGGACUUUGUCAUGGACUUGUGGUAUUCUGAUAUUACUCCUGAUAGAGAGGCCCCAGAACUGAUACGUGGCUUAAUACUCCAUGCCCUUGGUGAAGUAUCAGGCAGGGCGAAGGAGAUGAACCUAGUUGACUUGCUAACAAGGGAUAUGUCUGAUUUGAUUGGAAAACAUGUGGAUAUGUUCCGAAAAAACCAGUCUGAAAUUGGUGUUGAUGUCAUGGGAACAUUGUCUUCCGAGGAAAGAGAUGAGCGACUGAAACAACACCUAAUAGUUUCACAGGAACUUCACCCUGCAUUGUUAUCUUCGGAGCACGAAUACAAGGUUCUUCAAGAACUAGUUGGGGGCAUUAUGGCCCUAGUGUUGAGACCACAAGAUGCACAGAGUCCAUUGGUUCGUUGCUUCUCCAGGGAACUUCUGACUUGCUUAGUCUUGCAGCCAGUGAUGAACUUCGCAAGUCCUAUUUAUGUGAACGAGCUAAUUAUCUACUUUCUAAACAACAAAGACACAAACAUUGGAGGCAGCGUAAACAAGACUAGUACUGUAGUCGCAGUAACAAAUGAUCAUUCAUCUUAUAAAGGAGGUUCGCAGGGUCGUCAAAUGGAAUCACAAAAGUUGUCUGCAGAAUCAAGUGGCUCAGUACUAGCAAGUAGCUCCGGGAUGACUUCCCUUGAGGGUGAUAAAUCAAAAGUGUUAGUGGAUGACCAUGGGAAGACCGUCCAGCCUCGUCAGGCAGAUUGGGCACUGGUAUUAGAUGCAGCUACUAAAAGGCGGUCUCAGGUUCUUGCUCCGGAGAAUCUUGAGAACAUGUGGGCUAUUGGGAGAAACUACCAAAAGAAUAUGGUGAAAGUGGAACGUCCAUCAAAAGGAAAAGGUGCUGGAGCGGUAGAUAGCGUUCGAAAUGCAGUAGUGGCCGGAAAAGAGUUAUCCCCUAACUUCAACGAGAGAGUUACAUCGGUUGAUGACAAAUACAUGGUUAAUUUGAUGCAAGGUUCAAAUAGGAAUGCUCAGUCCACUUUUGUCACAGGCAGUCACCCACUUGUUUCGCAAAAUACAGAUGAAGUAAAGUCAGAGCACCCUGAAGCUGUCAAGAACACAAAAGCUCAGCUAAAGCGGUCUAAUAGUAGUCCUGAUAUGGAGAAAAGACAUUUGGCCAAAAGUAAUCAAACCGCGCUAUCCAGUGAAAGCUUAAAUGCAAGGACCAUUCAAGAGGACAAAGGUUCUGUUCCUUCCUCACAUGGUGAGGUACUAAUGUAUGCUCCAAAGAUAAGGUGUCGGGUAGUGGGUGCAUAUUUCGAGAAACUUGGUUCAAAAUCUUUUGCAGUUUAUUCUAUUGCUGUGACUGGUGCAGAUAACAAGGCCUGGUUUGUGAAAAGAAGAUACCGGAAUUUUGAGCGUCUUCAUAGACAACUGAAGGAAAUACCAAAUUACUCACUGCACUUGCCUCCAAAGAGUUUCCUUUCGUCUAGUAUUGAUGAUUACCUUGUGCACCAACGAUGCAUUCUACUGGACAGAUAUCUUCAAGAUCUCUUGUCGAUCGCUAAUAUCGCAGAACAGCAUGAAGUUUGGGAUUUUCUUAGUGAGUCCUCAAAGAAUUACUCAGCUGGAAAGUCCACCUCUGUUAUCAAAACCUUGGCUGUUAACGUUGAUGAUGCCAUGGAUGACAUCGUUCGACAUGUUAAAGGAGUUUCAGAUGGUCUAAAACGCGCAGUCGGCACAUCGUCCCCUAGCGCGCCGUAUUCACACUUGACAGAUAAUAGGAUGUCUCUAUCUUGGAACCAGGAAGAGACAGAUAAUCAGAAUCCGCAGAAUAGAAAUUUGGGAAGUUCACAUAGUCUCUCUGAUGGUGAUAGUAACUGUGAAGAUCGCCCCUCAUCUGUAAAUAGUGCAUGCCACUCGGACAAUGAAUUGAGCAAUGGAGGGUACAUUUCAAGUGAUAUUAAGCACAAUGAAGCAACUGGUUGUGAUGUACAAGUAAACCAACAAAUAGAAAAACCUGCAAGGGCAAAUUCGGAUUCUACAAACAUGUCAUCUGUAAAACCAUUUGAGGAUCCAUCAGGAAUUCCUCCCGAGUGGGUGCCAACAAAUGUCAGUGUGCCUCUAUUGAAUCUUGUAGACAAAGUGUUCCAACUGAAGCGACGGGGUUGGAUAAGAAAACAAGUUUUCUGGAUAUCAAAACAAAUCUUGCAGUUAGUCAUGGAAGAUGCGAUUGAUGAUUGGAUUUUAAGACAGAUCAAUUGGCUCCGACGAGAUGAGGUCAUUAUACAAGGAAUCCGUUGGAUUCAAGAUACCCUCUGGCCUAAUGGUGUAUUCUUCACCAAGUUGGAUGGAUAUCAAGGAAAUGCAGGUAGCAGUCAAUUUGACAAGCACCCAUCGGGGAGUGCCGAUGAGACUAUUGGCAACAGAAAGAGCAACACGAGCUCUUUUGAGCUUCAACUGGAGGCAUCUAGAAAUGCCAGUGAAGUUAAGAAACUUCUUUUAGGUGGGACUCCAUCUACAUUAGUCAGCAUAAUUGGGUACAAGCAGUACCAGCGCAGUGCAAGGGACAUCUACUACUUCCUGCAGUCCACCGUGUGCGUGAAGCAGCUCACUUACGCGAUGAUAGAACAGGUGCUUGUGACACUUUUCCCUGAGCUUCAUAAGCUCAUAGAAGGCAUCCAUGAGAAGGGUCGCAAGGAGCAAGCCUCGUUCAUUUACCAACUUUGACUGAAAUGGUGAGAGACCAUCUUGAUACACCUUUUAAAUUCUAAGCCUGCGUCGGUGACGUAUUGCCCGAAUGGAUUUUGACAGCAGAGCUGGAUCCAGGGAUUGGUUGGUGCCCCACUUAAAAUAUGUACAGCUGUAUAUCAGGAGGAGGUAUGUAAAUUAGGCACCCUGAUGCAAUCUAGAGCGAGGAGUUUUGAGUUCAGAGUUGUACUACUAGGAAUAGUAUUGUACCACAUCAUUCUUUAUUCUAUUUUUCUUUCUGCCUAGGCCGUAAGUUAUUCGCUUAGACCGAGGCUUGUAAGUUGUGCAGAGAUUCAAUUGUAUAGCUGUACCAUUUUGCCGCAUGUUGUGUUCUUUUGAGGAAAUCAGACCAUUCUCUGGAGAUGAGCAUCCAAAUCCAAUGGAGCAUCGUGAACUUUGCCUUGGUGUA